AUGAACUUUACUUUUAUUCUUCCUCAUUUAUUUUCUUUUUCUUUUAUUGGUUCAUGUUUUAUAUUUAUAGCUGUUUUUUUUUUGGCACUUCUUUCAAGCCAUUUUAUCACUUCCUUUCUCCACUUUCUUCUUUUUUUCCUUCUUUCUUUCUUAUUUUUUCCACUUUAUUUCUUUUUUCUUUCUUUAUCCUUCCCCACUUUCUUCUUCCUUUUUCCACUUUCUUUCUUUCUUUCUUUCUUUCUUUCUUUCUCAUCUUUUCCUUUUUCUUUCUUAUUUUUUCCAUUUUCUUUCUUUCACUUUUUCUUCCUUUCUUUCACUUUUUCUUUCUUUAUCUUGCCCCACUUUCUUAUUUUUCUCACUUUCUUUCUUUCUUUCUUAUUUUUCCAUUUUCUUUUUUCCUUUUUUCUUCCUCUAUCUUUCCUCAUUCUCUUCUUUCUUUUCCUAUUUUUAUUCUUUCUUUCUUUCUUUCUUUCUCUCUUUCUUUCUUUCUUUCAUGUAGUAGAAGGAAAAUUUGUAUAUAUGUGUAAAUAG